CUGGAACGGAACGGAACGGACUGGCUGGUGGAUGCCGUCCCAGUCUCUCGGCUCCCUCGCACUGGAGGCGAGCCCAAAACCCAAGCCCAAACCCGCCGAUCAGCUUAUCCCCUUCCGCAGGACACGACGAGCUGCGGAGCAGGAGGGAGAAGCCAGAGGCGAAGCGCACCAUUUGGGGGAGGAGAUGGAGCUGAUGCCCUCCUCCAGCUCCGUGCUCUCCUCCUGCAACCGGAUGGUUGCUCUUGCUCCGUGCGGGAGGGUAUUCGCGAGUGCGAAGCGGAAGGAGAAGGGAGUAUUAUGUAUUUUGGGUGGUGAGAAGAAGGAUGUGGCAGAGGUGAGGAUCCAGAGGAGAACAGCCUUUUCCUUGCUGCUGGCUUCGCCGGUGCUGUCAGUAGCAUUCUCGGCCUAUGGGAAGAGUAAAAAUAUGAACCCUUACGAUGAAAGGCGGCUGCUUCAGCAGAAUAAGAAGAUUCAGGAAGCUAACCGUGCCCCUGAAGAUUUCCCAAACUUCAUCAGAGAAGGUUUUCAGGUCAAAGUAGUGACAUCAGACAACUACAUAACACGGGACUCUGGACUAAUGUAUGAGGACAUUAAAGUUGGUACAGGCAACUCUCCAAAGGAUGGUCAGCAGAUUAUAUUUCACUAUGUGGGCUACAAUGAAGCAGGACGAAGGAUAGAUAGCACCUAUAUUCAGGGUUCACCUGCAAAAAUUCGGUUAGGGAAUGGAACACUAGUUCCAGGUUUUGAAGAAGGCAUACGGGACAUGAAACCAGGUGGUAAGAGGAGAAUGAUAAUACCUCCAGAGCUUGGUCCUCCUGUUGGGCCAUCGACAUUCUUCAGUGCGAAGCAGUUCGAGGUGUUCGACGUCGAGCUCCUGGCGGUGCAGGACUGCCAGCGGAGGACGAUAGCCUUUUAUUCUGACGUUGUGUGCAGCUGAUCAUCUGCUCAUCGAGCCUCCACCAGGCAGCACAUUUGCAUCAUGUUCCUGCCUCUUUGGCUGCUGACAGGAUUUUGCUGCCGGUCUGGGUUGCCGUAUAAUUGUAUAGCCAGCUGUUGUUACUGCGAUAGUAAAGGUUACUGCUGAUUAUUGACGAUGGUAGUGUAAUAGCUCGUCAGUUUUGUCUUCAAUAUCAUGAUGAUGGCAUAUGCGCGCAUUUGGUGCGUCCCUUUAGAAGUUGGCAUAUGUGCCUUGAUGUUGAAGUUGAUCCUGCCUUGGCCCACACCACUUCAUCUCCUCAUUCAUCAGUAAAUCUAGUGAGUUUGCUGGCGAUUUGUGUAAGUGCAUCUUGAAGUUACUACCACCUACCAAUAAUGGAAAUAUUUUUGUUGAAUUUA